CGCAGAGGUAGCACAGCAUGAAUGAAUAGAUCGCGGCAGCACACCAGUAGCCCUCUAACUUUGGUUGUAACUUUAAAAAGAGCAAUCUUUGGGCAGGAGAUUUUAAUCUGCGUUUUUUUGUAAACUGCAUCGACUAAAGGGUGUAGUUUACGUUUCGAAGCUAGCUACCUAGCCGCUUAUCUGCAGUCUCGUCAAACGUUUGUUGACAGUCCCGUUUUAAACGUUGCCUUCAAAUAUGUCAGAGGCACAGGACUCCAAGAAACGCAACAAGAAGCGGUACGGCGGGGGUCAACGGAGCAAACGGUACAAGGGUUCCCGGGAGCUCGAGGUGGGCAUGCAGGGCAUUCUCAUCACGUGCAACAUGAACGAGAGAAAGUGUACAGCGGAAGCUUUCAAUCUACUCAACGAGUACGCCGACAAACUGUACGGACCGGAGAAUGGAGGAGAGGAGAGUGGGAGUGAGGCAGAGGAGGGUGAGGAGGAAGAUGAUGCAGAGGCGGCACUGAAGAAGGAGGUGUCCCAGCUACGCUGCUCCUCCCAGAAACACCAGCUCAGGUUCCGGGCGCUGGACAGCGGAGCCAACAACGUCAUCUUCAUCAGGACCACCAACCUGGAACCAGACAAGUUGGUGCAUCACAUCCUGUCUGACCUCCACACCUCCAAGAAGAAGAAGAGCCGGGUCAUCCUGCGCAUGCUGCCGGUGAGUGGGACCUGCAGGGCCUACCAGGAGGACAUGGACCAGUACCUGGGUACAUUCCUGGAGCCUUGGUUCAAAGCCCCCAGCUGCAGCUCCUACCAGAUCGCCUUCAAGGCUCGCAACAGCAGCCACAACAAGAGGGACGACGUCAUCAAGGCCCUGGCAGGUCUGGUGGGUAAGAUGAACCCUAAGAACAAAGUUGACCUAACCAACCCAGAGCUGACCAUCAUCGUGGAGGUCAUCAAGAGUGUGUGCUGUGUCAGCGUGGUGCGCCACUACACGCUCUUCAGGAAGUACAACCUGCAGGAAGUUGUCAAGGAUGACACGUCCAAACAGGAAGAGACCGGCGCCAACCAGGAAGUUACUGGUACCAAGCAGGAAGUGGAACCGGAAGUGGUCGCCACCAACCAGGAAGAGAAGGAGAAGCAGGAAGUGAGAGAGACUAGGGAUUGUGAGGAGGAGAAGGAGGUCCUGUAACAGCACAACUAGAGAGAGAAGGAGAGAAUGUGUGAAUGAAUGAGUAGCUCGUUGGUGCACUGCUGUCCUCCCAGUGUGUGUGCACCUGUGCUGACCAGUUUGUGUGUGUGUGUGUGUUGUGAUCUCCAACCGUAGUGUUAUUGAUGAUGACUUGAUGCACCAUCGGACGUUUUAAAAUCCGCUUCUCUCCGCAACAACCCUGUCCUCUCCUUCUCUUCUGAUCAUCUAAACCUCCCCCCUUUCAUCUGCUCUCUCCAUCUUGUUUUGACUUUUUUAUUAAAUGGGAGUGUGGUUGGUCGAUACCAUUAGUAUGAUGUCAUAAUGAAAAGGUAAGAGGGAGACAGACAUGUUUGUAGGAAAACAGGAACAUUAGUUCUUAACCCUUCAUGAUUUGUGUUUGUAAAGGAGAGGGGAUCGGGGAGAGGGGAUCGGGGGCAUUGCUUCUCUAAGUUUAGUUUAUCCUUCAUUUCUUUUUUUAAGGAUUUUCUUUUUUAUCCACUACUGUUGUGUUGAACGUUGACUGUGUUGCAGACUUCCUGUCUAAACAGGAAGUACUGCUGACUUCUGAACAGGUUCUACCUGUUUAACUGAACAGCUACCCUGAGUAGCUCCGACAAAUAAAUAGAUUUUUUGGUGUUUUA